CUUUCAGACGCAACAGCGGCGUGCCUUACCUGUAUUGAACAAGCAAAGCCUCAGGAGUAAAGUAUAAUCUGUUAAUAUGCCUACUAUUAAGUGUGUUGUCGUCGGUGAUGGUGCCGUUGGAAAGACAUGUCUGCUGAUUUCCUACACCACGAACAAGUUCCCCAGUGACUAUGUCCCUACUGUUUUCGAUAACUAUGCGGUUACUGUUAUGAUCGGUGAUGAACCGUACACUUUGGGUUUGUUUGAUACUGCUGGUCAAGAAGAUUAUGAUCGUCUGCGUCCCUUGUCAUAUCCCCAAACCGACGUUUUCCUCGUGUGCUUCAGCGUUACUUCUCCCGCUAGUUUUGAGAACGUUAAGGAAAAGUGGUUCCCAGAAGUGCAUCAUCAUUGUCCCGGUGUCCCCUGUCUCAUAGUCGGUACGCAAAUCGAUCUUCGAGAUGAUCCUGCUGUCCAGCAGAAGCUUGCCCGCCAGCACCAGCAUCCCCUUUCCCAUGAGCAAGGUGAACGCCUGGCUCGGGAACUGGGAGCUGUCAAGUACGUGGAAUGUUCGGCCCUUACCCAAAAGGGUUUGAAAAACGUUUUUGAUGAAGCUAUUGUUGCUGCUCUGGAUCCUCCUGUCACGCACAAGAAGAAGUCUAAGUGCCUUGUACUUUAAGAGUUCUUUAUGGUCAUCCAUCCACUACCGAACCAUUAAUCUCUUAACGUCUGUUCCUAAAUUAUACACACUCACGUUCACAAACAACCUCUCACACAUUAUACACACCCAUACAUACAAUACACACUUACCAACGCUAUCUCUUUCGUUCACUUUCACCAUCGAUCACUCACUCUUCCGCCCACCUUUUGAGAGCAUGGUUGAAUGCGUCGUGAAUUAGGGGGUCUCAUCGAGAAGUUCUUGAUGCCUGCGUCGCUGUCAAGCCGUUUGAUUUUUUUCGGUACUUAGCUGCUGUGCUUUCGCAGCAACAAUAGCACCACUCCUCCCCUCCUUUCUCACAAUCGCCUGUCCAUUUAUAUUUCUGUCUAGGUUUGGCCGUGUGUUAAUUGUCACUGCCGCUGUUGUGUUGAGGACGGGAGUCUGCUAUUUACCAAUCGUAUACUCUUUCAACAACUUACCUUAAUCUCAAACAAUUGAUGCUUUUCCCACGUCUUGGUUUCUUGCUUUUGCUUGACUUAUUUUACCCUUCUUGUCUUCCUCUUUCCUUUUUCGACCACUUUUCUUCCGCAUUUGCAUGCAUACCACAAGUACUAUUUUUCGCCGAAUAGUCGAGCUAAUUUGUAGUGCUUGUGUAAGCGAGUCUUCCAUUGCAUAUUCACAGAAGUCAGCUUGUUGGCUGACUUUUGUUUGGAAACAUUGCAUUUUGUUGAUAGAACGUGUGUCCAAUAUACCUUUGACACACUUGACAAGUUCUACUUUUAUCCACACACAAUGAUCUCUUCCAUGUUUACGCACUCGCUCUCUCUUGAACUUUACAUAACGUCAAGCUACUAAUCUGUGCGUUAUAACACAGAUGGGACACAUGGCAUUGCACUGUCUGCUUUCUCUUGUUCUGUGUACACACUUUAUUACCGAGGUUACACCAUUGGAGAAGCAACCGUUUGUGCUCGUUCUUACACUUUUUGCAGUGCAGUGUGUGCGUUUACACUAAUCGUCGAUAUUAUGAUGAAUUCUUGACGGGUUUGGGCUAGUUACGUCUACGGCAUCUUGUUUUCCGUUAGCUCAAUUCGUACACUCAUACUCAUAAGCAUAUACUAAACAUCUCUCCUUGCUUUUUUCUAACAUUCAUGCAAGUGUAGUAUGUGUAUGUUCAUAAUUGAAUACUUGUGUCCGUUAGCGUACUGCAAUUAUUAAAAGCAGGAUGCUUGUUAAUCCUUUCUUCGCCGGCCAUUACUUACAAAGAGCGAGAUGAAAGAAAGCACUGCCUACUUUUGUCUUACUCAGAACUCGAGUGGAUUUGGAUUGCCGUUGACGUCUAGAACAAAGAUUACAUAAUUCAGCAUCAGAGAAGCUGCAUGUGGAAGAUUAUCUGGCAUCGUUGAGAGUAAACAUAGUAAUAAUGAAGACAAAUCAUCCUGCCCUGUCUGCACCAAAUAAAGAAGUCGUAUUAGCUGAGCAUUCAAACGAUUAGUUUUAGCGUUUGAAUCAAUUCUCCCUUGCUACAUAUCAAGAAAAAUUUAUAAAGAGGAAGAGAUGAAUGAGAUGAGAGCGAACAACGGCCUUGAGCG